AUGAAGGUGCUUUCAGUUUACGCUCCAGAACAUCCCAUGUACGCGUUCUUGAAUCCGGAGAACAUGGUAGCCCAUUCCUUCGUUCUGACAAACACUCCUGCAUGUGAAACGGUUCGCGACUGCGUGGAGGAUCUGUACACCAAUGGGCUGGACGAUAUUUGUGCGCAGAACGGUCCAGCAGGAUUGAAGAUGUCUCCCGGCACAGCCGGAAGGAACACGGAACAGAAGCCAAUUUCGGUUGUGACCUGUGUCCUAGAAUGUCCAAUCGUGCCGAUAGCCUUCGGAGGCACAGUGGAGUCGUGCACAACCGCUCCACUCUCGAAUUAG